UAUUAUAGGACGUUUUUCAUGGAGUUACUGUAGCUUUACCUUAACUUCCUCUUCUAGUUUUGUCUUGGUUUUCUUUCGUGUCUGCAGAAGCUUCAUGUCUCCUAGUCCUUAUGAAAGGCGAACUGGCAUGGAUACUAAAUUAAUGAAGAAACUCCAGUGAAACAAACGUACAACAAAAGGGAUCGAGAAAAUUAAAGUUGCACAUGUUUUCCACUCCAAGCAUUUAUUUCUUGAUACACUAUGGCUUUUAUCAUGCCAAUUUCUUGUUCUUUUCUCUCAAAUUUAUCACAUAUUUUACCUAAUUUUCAAUUCUAUCUUUCUCUAAAAUGAAUAUAUAUAUAUAUAAACAGGUGGAGGUGGGCGUUGAAGCCAAAGUUAGAGAGAAAUCGUCCUCUUAAUUAGGCAGUAAAAAGCUUGUUGGCCGGGUGGCCGGCAAAGUUAUUAUAAUCUCAAUCUUACUAUAAUCCAACUGCUUACUUCAAAUUUGGUGAUACAUCCGGUGUUAGAGCUUCAUUUUGUCUCCACCCUCCAUUCCCUAUUUAACCCCCCUUUUUUUUUAGCCAUUUUCCUUCCAUAUCUUAAAUGUUAGUACUAGUAUAGUAUGGCAGCUGAGCUUGGCCUUCUCUCCUUGACCCAGCUCCAAAAAUUGGCUGAGACUCAACAAAAUCCUACUGUAACUGGGUGGAUGUGGAACCCUAAGCAAGCUCAGGAAGAAGAAGAUGAGUCAUGGGAGGUGAGAGCCUUUGCAGAAGACACUGGAAAUGCUAUGGGAACCACCUGGCCACCGAGAUCUUACACCUGUACCUUUUGUCGAAGGGAGUUCAGGUCGGCGCAAGCCCUAGGAGGCCACAUGAACGUGCACCGCCGCGACCGUGCGCGGCUCCACCAAGCGCUGCCUAAUCCCACCAUCAGUCCGGGAAUCUCGCCAGCUUCCACUACUUCUUCAUUUCUAAUCCCAAGUAGUAGUCAAGAAUUUGUUGUGAAUGGAGGAUUGUGCCUGCUCUACCAAUUACCAAACCCUAGCGGUGGCUUCACCACUUCAACACCAAUAAAUGCAUGUAGUGAGCCAUCACCUUCAACCCUUCUCUCUAUUUCACCCUCUCCACCUCAUCAAACCUUGAUGUCUCCCAAUUGCUCUCCAUCCAUUGAUUUUCCAUUGGGAAAGCCAGCUACAGAUCAUGCUUGUCACUGUCACUCUAGCAAAGCAAAAGAACUUUCUCUCAAAGAAGAUCUUGAAGAUGAUCUUGAUCUUGAGCUUCGGCUUGGGCAGAGACCGAUGCCAUCAUCGAUCAUAAGAGAAGCAAAUUAAGUAAAUUAAACAUGGUGUGUGGUAGGCUUAUGCUUGCUAGCUGUUUGAGGAAGAAGAGAUAGUGCCAUUAAUGUGUAAGCAGAUUAUACAGGAUUUCAUGGAA